GUACAUGAAAGCAGGAGUCUUCAGCCAUGCUCCAGACUGUGUGUUCCCAGGACUUGAGCAGGAAUCUGUUGUUUCAAGAACCAGUGACCUUUGAGGAUGUGGCUGUGUACUUCACUCAGAAUGAAUGGGCCACCCUGGACCCCACACAGAGGGCCCUGUACAGAGAGGUGAUGCUGGAGAAUUAUGCAAAUGUGGCUUCCUUGCCAUUUCCAUUUCCCAAACCAGAUGUAAUAUUCCAACUGGAGCAAGGGGAAGCACCAUGGGACCUGGAUCCCUGGGCAUCUGUGGUGGGAGCAGCCCCGAGAGCCAUGUGCACAGGUGGUAAAACCAAGACUAAGAAUGAGGAACAAACUCCAAAGCUGAACCUGUCUAAAGAAUUAGAGUCCCACAGACUGAGAGUGGAGGGGCUGCUACUGGAUGUUUUCCAGAACCCACACUUCAAGGACAGGUUAGAGAAGUCACAGAUCCAUCACACAGGGAAGAAAACAAACUCAAAGACAGGAGAUGGCACACAUUUGACAGUCCAGGAUCAUAAGUCCUCUACUGUUGAAAGUGGGGAGAUAGCAAGGAAAUUGGAAAAAAGCCAGUGUGUGAACACCCAUCUCAUUACAAAGCAGAAUCUUCCUAAAGAACAGGUGUUUUAUAAAUGUGGUGAGUGUGGCAGUUACUACAACCCACAUUUAGACCUUCACCAGUAUCACAGAAUUCACACUGAUGAGAAGCCCUACAAAUGCAAAGAAUGUGGGAAAACCUUCAGAUAUAACUCAAAACUGUCACGGCAUCAGAAAAUCCAUACUGGGGAGAAACCUUACUCAUGUAAGGCAUGUGGACAAGCCUUUAGUCAGAAUUCCCACCUUCUUCAGCAUCAGAAAGUUCAUGGUGGAGAGAGGCCCUAUGAUUGUACAGACUGUGGGAAAACCUUCAGCUACAACUCUAAACUGAUCCGGCAUCAGAGAAUCCACACUGGGGAGAAGCCCUUUAAAUGUAAGGAAUGUGGGAAGGCAUUCAGGUGUAGCUAUGACUGCAUCAUCCACGAGCAAAUUCACACUGGGGAGAAGCCCUAUGAAUGUAAGGAGUGUGGGAAAAGUUUCAGUUCAAAUUCAGUCCUGAUUCAGCAUCAGAGAAUCCACACUGGGGAGAAACCUUAUGAAUGUAAAGAGUGUGGCAAGGCCUUCCACCACAGUGCAGUAUUUCUUCAGCACCAGAGGUUCCACACUGGGGAAAAAAUCUACAAAUGUAAUGAAUGUUGGAAAACUUUCAGUUGUAGCUCCCACUUCAUAAUGCAUCAGAGAAUCCACACUGGAGAGAAACCUUACGAAUGCCAGGAGUGUGGGACGUUCAAUCAGAAGAUCACCCUGGUUCAGCAUCAGCAAGUUCACACAGGGGAGAAACCUUAUGAGUGUAAGGAGUGUGGGAAAGCCUUCAAAUGGAGUGCAAGUUUUAUUCAGCACCAGAAGCUGCAUACCAGGAACAAACUUGUUAAAGUUACAGGAUCACCCACAAUUAAGCCCCACUGCCCCUUUGCAGUUCUCUCACCUGUGGCUCCCCAUGUCGCAUGUUCUGUUCUAGCCCCACCAGGGCAUCCAUCGUCUUCUCCACAUGCAGUGCUCCUCUCUCUGCUGCUUCCCUCAUCUGAGAUGGCCAGCUCUUCACCUAUCCAGAUAGCACAUUUUUUUCAGGAUCUUACUUCUUCUGGGAAGUCAUCCCCUCAUAGCCUGAAUCCUCUGUCUCAUUCCCUGUGA